AAGACAGGUGGGCGGAUCUUGAACGAUGACGACUACAAAACAGACAACCCGUACGUCACCUUUCAAACUCCAGCGCAAGACAAGCGAUCAUGCCAAGUCAGACCUGAACAAGGCUUCAAGUAUGCCCACGGUACACGUCCAAAAGUUUUAGCAUAAGCGAACCAUGGAAAACUCUGGCAGGCCUUACCGGGCUAGGCAGGGCGGCUGGGAGAGGGGAGCAGCAGCAGCAGCAGCAGCAGCAGCAGACAAGGCAGAAAGUUGGAGGAUCCAGGACCAGGGCCGAGGACAGAACUGCAGAUCAGAGGGAGGUCAGCAGGGCAAGAACCAGGGAGGGCCCUAUCGGGCCAGUCCCAAGAAGGGAGUGUUGGGGCCCAUGAGCUAUUCCCCUGGUGGAUUCAGAGGUGGUCACAGCCCAUCACAGAGGGAUGAUCUCCGGUGGUCCUCUGGUCCUGAGAACAGUGGUGGGAGUCGAGAAGAUAACUGGAGAGAACGCUCACAGCCGCACUGGAGAAAGAGCACCCAAGGAGAAGGCCCAAGGGAGGACACUGAUGGCAGUACUCAUAAACCAGGGAGAAGGCGGAGAAACAGAAACAAGAAGAGAACUUUUGCUGAAGAGGACAGGGGCGUUGAAGAGCCCACACUCUCAGCCAUACAGCUACGCGCCCUACAGAAGGCAGAGAAGCGGCUUAACAGAGAAGAGGUCUACUGCGUGAGGACGAUGUCCCACAGCCUCCCCGAUGGGCUUUUCACCUGCACUCUGUGUGACGUUCUCCUAAAGUCUCUGUCUGAUGCUUACAGUCAUAUCAGAGACAAACGGCACAAGAAGGCGACUAGGGAGAGGCAAGAGCAGGUGAUGCUGACUGAGAUUCUGCCUCCUGGCCCAGAGCAGAUUGGUGCAGUGAGUGCUGCACUGGAGGCUGUCGUCCGAGAGCAUGGGCUGAAUGACCAGGAUGUUGAGAGGAGACAAUGUGUUGUUUCCACCAUGCAAGACCUCCUCCUGUCCGUCCUGCCUGAGAUCAGGCUCCGACUAUAUGGAUCGUCUUGCACUAAGUUUGGAUUUAAGGAUUCUGAUGUCAACAUUGACAUUCAGUAUCCACCCCACAUGCAUCAGCCAGACAUCUUGUUGUUGGUCAAGGAGAGCCUCUCUGUGAGCCCUCUCUUCGUCGAGCUGGAGGCUGAUUUUCAUGCCAGGGUGCCGGUGGUCAUCUGCAAAGAGGAAAAGAGUGGCCUGAUCUGCAAAGUGAGUGCAGGAAAUGAAAACGCGUUCCAAACCACCUCCUAUCUGUCGGCUCUGUCCAGCCGGGAGCAUCUCCUCCUCCCACUGGUUUUGGGCCUCAGACGCUGGGCCCAGAUCUGUGUCAUCGACCGUGCAGAAGAAGGUGGGCUGCCACCGUACGUCUUCGCCCUCAUGGUUAUCUACUUCUUACAGCAGCGCAAAGAGUCCCUCUUGCCUGCCUACCUGAAACAAGAGAUUAAGGUUUUUUCACUCAGCAGGCUGUCAGACUUCAAUCUCACGCAUGUAGAAGAUGGAUAUUUACACUGGGCUUACACCCCUUCCUCCAAAGAAUUGUCACAGCCAGCAGAGGGCUCCUGUAUAAAGGGAAAGGUUCCGCUGGUGUGUCAGAGCCCUCACCCGCCUGUGGAAGUUGGGCUUCUCUGGGUUGAAAUGCUUCGCUUCUACUCGCUGGAGUUCAACAUGGCUGACUACGUCAUCAGUGUGCGGACCAGCGCUGUUCUCUCCAGAGAGAUCAAAGACUGGCCGAAGAAACGCAUUGCUGUGGAGGACCCAUUUGCCGUGAAGAGAAAUGUGGCCCGCACAUUGAACAGCCAGCAAAUGUACGAGUACAUCCUCCACUGCCUCAAAACCACAUACAAAUACUUCGCACUGCCACUCAACACGCCAGCUGCUAGUCACAAGACAGAGGCACAGUGUGGACCCAUUAAAGGGGCAACGGCUAAGGCUUUGAAAGAAGAUAUCGUGUCAGAUUUCGGUCAGCUCAGCAUCCAGUCACAACAAGCAAAUCAAUCUAAAGCUGUAGAAAACGGUCCUGAAGACUCUGAUUGCAUUAUCGAGGAAGAAGAGGAAGUUGAAGAAUACAGUGACUCCGAAGAGGAGAGGGAGAAGGAAAAAGUGGACCUAGGCAAAAGCAGUCUCUCUGAGGAUGAGGAGGAUGAGGAUGUUGAUGUGGACAUGCAUAACAGACUCCACUUGGACAGCUUCACCACAGAGGAUGAGGAGAUUUUCCCAGUGGAUGAGAUCUCGGGGGAGGAGCUUCUGUCUGAUGAGGAGGGUCCAGAUUUUGACACACCUGGUUCAAUAGAUGAGGAACAGGGGGAGGAGGUGGAGUUGGCACCUGUGAAACUCUCAACUACACCUUUAGAGGAUGCAGUUAAAGAUGAGAGCCCAGAAAAUAAGAUACAAAAACAGAGGAAACUGUGCUAUGAGUUCACCAGGCAAGCUUUCACCAGAGGCAAAUCACACAUGGUCGUGUGCAGCUUGUGUAAGCGUGAUGGACAUCUGAAGAAAGACUGUCCGGAAGAUUUCAAGAAAGUGCCGCUGGAUCCUCUGCCGCUGCUAACACCAGAGUUUCUCACUGUCCUUAACAAAGUCUGUGAGCAGUGCUACACUGACUUUGCCCCCGAUGAACUGGAAGUGGGUGUAAGAGAGCACAUCCUUCAAGACCUGGAGACCUUUGUCAGACGACAGUUUGCAGGAGCUCGACUACAACUAUUUGGAUCAUCCAAAAAUGGCUUUGGCUUCCGACAGAGUGACCUAGACAUCUGUAUGGUGUUGGAGGGGCAGGACGCUAUGGAUGAUGUUGACUGCAUCAAUAUAAUUGAAAGCUUGGCGAGACUGCUGAGGAAACAUCCAGGUCUGAAGAACAUCCUGCCUAUCACAACAGCAAAAGUGCCCAUCGUGAAGUUCUACCAUGUUCGCACCGGCCUGGAGGGAGACAUUAGCCUCUACAACACUCUGGCCCUGCACAACACACACCUGCUAGCUUCGUAUGCUGCCAUUGACAGCAGAGUGAAGAUCCUCUGUUACGUCAUGAAGGUUUUUGCCAAGAUGUGUGAUAUUGGGGAUGCUUCACGUGGCAGCCUGUCGUCCUACGCUUACACCCUCAUGGUGCUUUUCUUUCUCCAGCAGAGAAACCCACCAGUUAUUCCUGUGCUGCAAGAGAUUUAUGAUGGAAAGAAGAAGCCAGAGGUUCUAGUUGAUGGCUGGAACGUGUACUUCUUUAAUGAUUUAAAAACACUGCCCAGUCGCUGGCCGCAGUAUAGGAUGAACGUGGAGUCGGUGGGGGAGCUGUGGCUCGGCCUGCUCCGCUUUUAUACCGAGGACUUUGACUUCAGGGAGCAUGUUGUGUGUAUCCGUCAGCACGGCCGCCUCACCACUUUCAACAAGCAGUGGACGUCCAAAUACAUCGUCAUUGAAGAUCCGUUUGACCUGAAUCAUAAUCUUGGUGCUGGCCUGUCCAGGAAAAUGACUAACUUCAUCAUGAAGGCUUUCAUCAACGGCAGAACAGUGUUUGGCACGCCAGUCAAAGCUUUUCCUGCCGUGUACCCCAGUCACAUGGAGUAUUUCUUUGACCCUGAAGUCCUCACAGAGGGAGAAGUUGCUCCCAAUGACCGCUGCUGCCGCAUCUGUGGCAAGAUCGGCCACUUCAUGAAAGAUUGCCCCUUGCGUAAGAAGUCCAAGCAUAGAAGGGACUCGGAGAGAAGGCCAGAGCACCUGCGAGACCGAAUGGAUACAGCAGAGGACGGCAAGGAUCAGGUCAGACACAAGAGUGAGCACUGGAGGAAAAGAGAUGGACCAGAGGUGCGCUGCUGCUUCUUGUGUGGAUCAAGUGCCCACAUCAAGAGGGACUGUCAGCUGUACAGAAGCCCUGCAGGUAAUGUGAAGAUGGAAAGCUUUUCUUCUCCCUCUUCAGCCCACUUGAGGAAUCUGAGAGAAAAGGAGAGACAGAGUUCGCCCAUACAAGAGGAGAAGAAGAGAAAGCAACAAAAUGUGAUCUUAAGUCCACAAGCAGGCAGUUUAGCCUCCCGAAAUUUGGGUCGCUCUGGUCACAGGAGGAGCCCAGUGGAAUAAGCAGCAGUUGUGGCUAACCAUGAAGUUCUACCCUUGUCCAGGCAGACAGCAACCCAAAUCCAGAGUUCCUUAAAUCUGAAUGGGACUUUUGGGCUAAUGGGAGCCCGUUAAAGCCAAAGCCAGGACGUCUUGACUUGAAGCCAAAUAGGGCCUUUUUAUGUGUAUUUUUUGUUUUUGUUUUUUUCCCCAAAAGUUUUUUAAAACUUUCAUUUUAACAAGACAAGCCAUUGUGCAUGCACCCAUGUCAUUGUUUACCUACACUGCCGGUCAAGUUGUUUUAAAUUCACUACAUUACAAGCAAUACCAUUGCAGAUUCAGUGUUCAAACAGUAAAUAGGUUAGAUCGUGAUCAUCAUCGUCAUAAAGCAAUUUUUUCAUAUAAAAUACUUGUCACUGACAACUGUAUAGGCUCAACUGUCGUUAGUCAGGUAACACCUACUUACUGAUUUGAGGUCUGUUAUAGCCAUCAAGGCCAUUUCAUCUUAAACCAAAAAGUCACUUAUCAGUUAACUUAUUCCUUAUUUAUAAGUAUGUUUUUAUGAUGGAUUUACAAAUGUUUGAGAUUUUACCCCCCAAAAAUUACAAUGCAAGUUGUUCUAAAACUUUUGAAUGGCAAAUAGAAUUUCUUUUUAAAUCCUGUUUAAUUUGUCCUCUGCACUGACGUCCGUCUGUCCUUUAGCCUUCAGAGCAGCUCUACCUACAGUAUGUAUGUCUCUGUAUUGGAGAAACCGCGGUGUAGAUAUAUUUUCAGGAUCAUUUUGUUUUUUGAGACUGCUGAUCCACCCCUGUUUCAUAGACUCGUAUUUCCCCUCAACAGCCUUUUGAACGGUAGGACAGAAACUGAAAUUAAAUCUGCUAAACCUGGCCCAUGUCGUCACAUAGGAGGUGUCGUAACUAUAGUGCAAGAACGUAUAUAGUUGAGAAAAUUUAACGAAAGGUUUUAUGCUUGCACUCAGUGGUAAGGUUUUGAGAAACCAGUCAACUGGUCCAGCUGAUGGCAUACACUGCUGCAAACUCUGACUUAGUCCUAAACUAGAGGUAAUCUCAGUUCAGUGGAAAGAUAAAUGUAUUUAUUUGCCACAAAGGCUUCAUUUUGUUGUAAUGGUGCCACAGAUUGGUAGCUGCACUGUGAGGGUCCACGCCCUUGAAUUAUGUUGCUGCUAGUUGAUGUCUCAAAGACCUGCUUAUCAUUCAACUUCAGAUAUGGACUGUCUUGCUUUGUUGUCCUAAUAUAGCUGAAUUUUAUAAUAAAAAAAGUAGUGUUUGUGGUAUUGUAAUCAAAUUUCUCAUUUUAAAGUAGCUUUGUUUUAAUGCCAGCCUUAUUGCGUUUCUUUUGUUGGACUCAAAUGGGAGUUUUAGUUUGUUAAGGAACGCUGAUCCUGCCAGGAAAGGUUGUGUUGCAAUCUGUUUUGUGUCUCAAAGAAUUCAUUAAACAGAAAUCAAACAACA